AUGUGGUUCUCUUUUGCUCAGGCGCAUAGGAGGACUGAUCCUCACCCCACCAAGACUGAUUUGUGUACACAUAUGAGCACCAAGGAAGAAAUUCUAAAGAGGAAAAUGUACGGGGAAUUAUUAAAUUCAACCAAUGCAACAGAUCCUCACCUAAGCAUUCAGACCAACUCUCCUUACAUAGGGAGCACCCAGAGACCCGUCAGCUCUUCCACUUUUUACAUGUCCACAGCCAGGGUAUUAAAAGAAGGUGAGAUAAAUAAGCCAGAUCUGGUGACUUACAUUGUUCUGUUCUUCUUCCUGUUCUUGGGUGUGACAAUAAUUGUACUUUUUAUUAACUGCCAGCUGAAAAAUUCUUUUUUUGCCACACUACCUUAUGACAGAUCACUUCGAGAAGCGAGAAGCCCCUGGAAGACACAGGCUGUUUAAUCCUCAGAGCUAGAAAGAAAAUGCCUGGUAUAAGCUUUGGUAUGAUGUAUAAGGGUGUUACGAACACUCAUACUUGUAUAAAAAUAAUGCUAUUUCUCUUUGUGACUGGUUGGAUUCAACCAUGUAUAAAUAACAGGCUCUCUCCUAA